UGCUUUCAUACAUUUUGCCUUCAUUGUGAUUUUCUGUAUAAAUUCGGGGAUGAAGGGAAAGGGGAUGGGGAAUUCAAUGAGCCACGUUACUUAUCAGCUGACAAAGAAGGACACCGGAUGGUCCGUGAUUCUGCGAAUGACAGAGUUCAGGUGUUGGAAUUAAAUGGAAAGUUCAUAACAAAGUUUAAACUAAUGAGUGGGGGAUUACCAACCUCUACCGCUGUUCUCUCUGAUGGUACUAUAGUAGUGUCUAAUUAUAGUGACAGUCGCAUUCAGACAAUUAAAUAAAUAAAUGAAAAGUUCGGCGUCUGAAUCAAAGCCGUUCCAAAGUCGUUCCAAAGGCGAAAUUCCCGGCCAGGCUAGGCUAAAAGAACGGCUGAGCCGUUCCAAAUUGAAGCAGGCGUUCCUAAUUGAUUCAGAGGCCGAACUUUUCAUGUACUUAAUUCAAUGUAUUAGGUUUGGCUCAUGAAAAGUUCGGCGUCUGAACCGGGCCUUACCUAAUGCAUAAGUUAUGAUAACGUUUUUUCUAAGCAGUUCGACCGAAAUGAGCAUAUUUCUCUUCCUGAAUUAAGUUCGGCUGGAAUUAAGAUCAGCGUCUGAAUCAAUUGAGCCGGUCCAAAUGAGUUGCGUCGGUCUCAAUUCGAAUUAGGUUCGGCUCAUGAAAAGUACGGCGUCUGAACCGGGCCUUAAGUGAUGAAUGGGAAACCCUCGUGUUACGAACGUCGCCUUCAAUGCACGAACCCCAGUAUCUUUGCAGGGGAGAAAUGGCAACAAACCUACUCCACCCCACUCCACACACUCCUUCCUCCUUGGACGAUUACUGCUGAGAGAAAGUCCAACGUGUAUUUUGAAUAUUUAAAUUAUGUUCUAUUUUAGUCACUCCGAACUUACAUCGUUCAAUCCUUGUAUGGAUACAUUCUUUGUAAGUUUGAAAAGAUAUAUUAAAUAUCAAAUAGAAAAAGAAUCGAAAGGAGGGAAAAUUAGGAUGGAAUGCAGCGCAUCUUAACUAAUAGUCACUACUAGUCAGCUAUUGAUAACAACAAUUUUCACGACAUCCCGACACACUCUUUCACUUCUUUUGGGGGUGAGGGGCUUUAAUCUCAAUUCCUAGAAAAAUCCUUUCUCAGAAGCUAGGCAUAGUCAAAACAUGUCAAACAAUGCCUCAUGAUUGGUUAGUGUUGUCUGUUGCCUGACGGGAAAAGGGGCAAUUAACAUGAUAACAACCUCGCCGAAAAUAUGAUCAAUCUCUGACUACAACACUUUGGGGUUGAUUCACUCAAAUUCACUACCAAUUCGGUUAUGGAUCUACAAACCUUAUUACACAACCUACAUGAGGAAGUAUCCUGUUCUGUGUGUAUGAGCCCGUUCACUGAACCAAAAAUAUUGCCGUGUUUUCAUACAUUUUGCCUUCAUUGUUUGAACGAGCUUCAGCGAACAAGUGGCAAACAUGGCGAGGUCACAUGCCCGGAAUGUCGCAGAAACUAUCAAGUUCCUGGAAGUGGAUAUCCUAAAGACUUGCCGGCCAACUUUCGAAUGAACAGUUUGUUAGAUGUCAUGGCUAUUCAAAAAUGCAGCGUUGCUGGAGUGAAGUGUGGAAACUGCGAAAAAACAAGUGCCCAAAGUUUCUAUUGCUUUAAAUGCUGCGCCUUCUGGUGCGACGAUUGCAUUGCAGCUCAUAACAUUAUCCGAGCAAACAAAGACCACAAAGUGCUGGCGAUUAAGGAUUUUCAAGAUCAAGACAUUGAAAACGUGUUAAGGAGGCCAGUAUUUUGCCAAAAGGAACAUCAUGGAAACAAAAAGCUGAAGUUCUUUUGCAAGGACUGUGAAGUCGCCAUUUGUAACACUUGUUCUGUAACACUUCACGAAGGUCACGUCAAAGUGCCUUUGCAAGAUGCUGCCAAUGAACGAAAAUUACGUUUGGAGUCCGUGUUAGAGUCUCAGAAGGAGAAGGCGCUUCGGAAAAGAAAUAUGAUAACUAGACUAAAAAGUGAGUGCAAUGAAAUUCAAGAACAGGUUGCUUGCGUGAAAAAAAGCGCGCAGAAUUUGGUUGACAAUUUGUUGAGAAUCAUUGAAGCGAAGAAACAGGAACUAUUUAAAGAGGUGGAAGACAAAGCUCAAGAGGUGAUCGAGCGUCUGGUAGAGCAACAGUCUGAGGUCGAAUACAAAUUACGGCGGAUCGAGAAGUCGAUUGAAGAAAAGGAAAGAUUCUUAAAGCGAAGCACAAAUGCUGAGAUUGUGCAGUUUAACACAGUAUUCCAGGAGGAAGUCACUGACGAGGCAGGACUAGUCGACUGUAACCGUAAGGAUCUUGGCCACUUCGUGUUCUUUGCAAACAGAUCAUUGAUGGCUAAAGCAAGUUGUGAAGGUGUUGGUUCUUUGAAACAAAUCAUCAGCCAGACUAAAUCCAGCAACUCAAAAGCAGAAGCAAAUGGAAUCACUGAGAUGACUGUUGGACUUGAAGCACAGUUUGUUUUAACAACACGAAAUGCUGAGAACGAACAAUGCUACGAACAGUGUGAUAUCGUUACAGUGGAAGUCAGAAAUGAUGACGGCCGUGAAUGCGCCACUGAAGCACAAGUCCAAGAUAACAAAGAUGGUAGCUACAAUAUCAGCUACUUUGCCAAAGAAACAGGAACAUGCCAGACGUCAGUGAUGGUAAAUGAAGAACAUGUUAGUGUUAGUCCAUUCACAGUUCAAGUCAAACCCAGAAAAUACAAACCUGCGCUGUCAUUUGGAGGAGAAGGCUCAUCUGCUGAAAUGUUUGAUGCACCUUGGGGUGUGGCGGUGAAUGAACGUAAUGAAAUUGCUGUAACUGAUCGUGAUAACAAGAGGGUUCAGAUAUUUAGAAGUGAUGGAACUUACUUAAGAUCUUUUGGCAGAAUGGGUGAUCAAGAGGGAGAGUUUUUUCACCCUACUGGUAUAGCUUAUUUAAAUAAUGGAAACAUUGUAGUAGCUGACAGUAUUAACAACCGACUGCAAAUAUUCACUGAGCAGGGGAAGUACCUUACUCAAAUUGGCGGUGAAGGAAAUCUUGAUCAUCAGUUUAAUUAUCCAUGCGGUUUAUCGGUAGACAGUGAUGGUAAUAUUAUUGUUGCUGAUGCAGAUAACAAACUAGUCAAGAUCUUCACACCAAGCGGCCAGUUUUUAAGGAAGUUUGGUGAAGAUUUCUUGGUUGAUCCCUGUCACUGUAUUCAGAAGGAUCAAUAUUUUAUAGUAUCAGACCAUCGUGAUCACAGUAUCAAAGUGUUUACUGCAGAAGGUGAUUUCCUGUAUAAAUUCGGGAAUGAAGGGGAAGGGGAUGGGGAAUUCAAUGGGCCUCAUUGCUUGUCAGUUGACAAAGCAGAACACCUGAUGGUUUGUGAUUACGGAAAUAACAGAGUUCAGGUGUUGGAAUUAAAUGGAGAGUUCAUAACAAAGUUUAAACUAAUGAGUGGGGGAUCUCCAACCACUACCGCAGUUCUCUCUGAUGGUACUAUAGUAGUGUCUGAUCAUAGGAACGAUUGCAUUCAGAUAAUUAAAUAA